AUGCGUUUCUUCCCCAUCGCCGUCGUGGGCCUCGCGUCCGUCGCCGCCGCCGCCGAGCUCAAGACCUGGGACGACAUCAUGGGCGACAUCCCCACCUGCAUCAAGAAGUGCAUGAACGACUUCUACAAGGACGGCGGUCUAGAGGCGGAGUGUGGUGCCCCCGAAAAGGCCACCACCGACUGUCUCUGCAAGCCCGCCAGCAGCAAGAUCAUUAACGACACCAUGAGCAGCGUCGACGAGCUGCAAGACUGCCUGAGGGAAUCCUGCUCUGAGUCCGACCUCACGAAUAACAUCGACAAAGUCAGCGCUAUGGGCGAACGCUCCCAAGAUUUCCAGGAACAGUGUGAAGGCAAGGCCGACUCCGAUUCCAAGGACGACUCCAAGGAUGACUCCAAGGAUGACUCCCAGGAUGACUCCAAGGAUGACUCCAAGGAUGACUCCAAGGACGAGGCCGAUUCCAAGGACGAUGCCGACUCCAACGGCGCUGGCUCCCUCCUGCCCGGUGUGAGCAAGACUAUGCUUGCCGUUGGUGCUAUCCUUCUCCCCGCUGUGCUGUAAAUUGGAGGAUACUCUGGGAGCAUGGAAUUUGUUCUUGUUGGGAUUUGGGGGCUUUCUUCACAAUCGAUCCUUGGUUAUUGCCGGGGUCUUU